CACGUGCACGGCCCCCGUAGACAUUUAAAUACUUGUACAGUACUUACCAACACUACAUAUACUACAGUACGGCUAGAAUGCUAAGUUUUUGAAACAUCCCAACUAAAGCGAAUAUCUUUUCCAGAGCUUGACCAAUUUUUGCUUCAACCUUGAUGAGAUAGUCUUCCAGUUCGGCAGUUUCAUUCCCUAUACGUAGUGCACCUUUUGAAUUUUCCCAUAGGAUUGCUUGAUUGCAUACCAUGGUGCUCUUACACGUUAAAAAAGGUGAUGACGAUCUGUUUCUGUUCGAAUGUUCUGUCAGCAUCCCCAUCACAUCCCUUACCAUCGAAAUAGCCAAGAUCCAUAACGGUCGUCAAAAGAUCUUUCGCAUGUGCUCCGAAAUGGAUUAUCUGGCCGAUCACGGAGUAUCCCUUCCAACCAACAUGGUCGGCCUUCUACCAGAUCAAAUCCAGGAACUAAAACUGACCGAUCCUGGAGCGACUAUGCACACCCCGUCGGGUGGGUCUAUCUCCAAUCCCGAUCCUCAUCUGAAGCGUAACGGUCACGCUCCUGACGAAGAGAUGGCGAAACUCUUGAGAACCACGUGUGAAGCAGCCAAGCAGUCCAUUCAUAAGAAUCUCAUCCAACAAGGCACCGUCCUUUCUUAUGAUCAUAUAAGCGAACAGUUUCUGAAAUUAAGAGAUGCGCUGAUGGCCGUGUAUCCCAUGGGACUGCCCCUGUAUGAUCCACUCCAUGUUGAAUCAACCAGCAUGGAAGCCGCGGAUUUGGACUGUGGAUACGGGAGCUUUCGCGAUGUCAUUGACCCGCAGAACGCGGUUUUGUGGUGGGCGGGAAAAGAACUCAAGGGGCAAGAUGAGAAGCUGCUCCGAAACUUCAUUGGUUCUAACGAGAAAACCAAGAUUGUUAUUAAGCUGACGCAGAAAGGGUCCGGUGCACCAGGGCGUGAAGCCUGCUAUACGGACGAGCAGAGAAAGGCGAUGAUGGCACAAGCGUUCCGGCGUCAGCAAGAGGUGGAGAAGCUGAUGGAAGAUGACGACGACCACUAUCUGAAUUCCCAGUGGGCGGAUAGCCGGGCGUUGAAGAGGUCAUUCCAAGGGAUUAACAACAUCAAGUUUCGUCCAGUGUAGCAGAGAUGUGGAAUUCCUGUAGCUCUGUUUAUGUACAGAUACUGUAUAUGUACAUUGUACAGCGACGCAUCCUUGGAUUUUGCCGAUCGCAUGACGUUUUUGCGAGAGGACCGGUUGAGAUACAUCGACAAAAAUGAAUAAAUUCAGCAUCUGGAGGAUCAUCGUUUAUACUUUCCGCGGCCGGCAUAAAAAUCCAAACUGAUUCAAUGAGAGUCUGCUCUUCAAGUCCAACAAUACAGACUGCCGUGGAGGCCGUUGUGGUGUUGGAGCAUCUAAAUAGAGCCCCGUAGAAACAACAAGAAACCGUUAUCAAUUAUCUGACCGGUAGAAACCUGAUGGGUGUCACCGAUUUUAUUUCCCAUGGGACCAGAUUUUGUCUACGAAUCAUCUAUGCAUUAGCGAGGCCGUGAAGCGUCAAAAGGUGGAUGAGAGGCGAAGGUUAAGCUACUUUUGUUUGUAAACUGCUGGACGCUUUAGAGGAUUUAACGCCUCUGUUGCUGUAUGUUUUACACUCUGAUGAGUGUCUACUUGUCCUUAAACCCGAACAUUUAAGUACGAGCUAUUUUUGUGUUCCUGUCAGCUACGUGGUUCUUACGCCUUUUAUUCGCACAACACCGUGAAUAAACGCUAACGGAAGCCUAGUUUUUCCGCAUCCCAAAAAAUUGAUACUAAUAUUUUCGUUAGAGGAACACCUGCUUAUUACAGCAUCCCAUGGGAUGAUGAGACCGUAUUGACAUUUGCGGGUGAUGUACUGAAUUACGAGUAUAAUAUUUUAUUAAAUGCUUUGCA